AUCUCCUGGUGUUGGGAAGAAUUGUCCUGAGCGGCACCGCCGUGAAUCGCAGCCUACAACCGACGGAGCGGAAUAUUCAUGACGAAAGGCGGGGUUUAGGCAGCAGGCCGACGGCUGAAUCCAGCUGGACAUUCUUCCUUGUCUCCUCUUCCUCUGAUGGCUCAUACCCUAAAUCUACGAUUCACGCAAGAACGGAACUUUCCGUUUUCGUUUCGCAAUAGCCGUUUGCCCCAGUGACCAAAAACGUUAGACAUACGAUCCCAGCGUGAACUAGGCAGCCAGCUGUCUUGUGGAAUAACCGUCUUUGUCUACUACAAGGAGGCUAGAACGUUUUAUUUAAUUUAAUUUUUUUUUUGGUUAGCUGCCCGCUGUUUUUUAGUGAAUGUAUCUAUACACCGAAUUCCUGUAAUAUGGAUAGAAAAGCGCGGGGUGUUGAUAAUUAGCCAUCACUGUAUAGCCAGUUAGCGAGCAAGCUAAUAUCUGUUUUGUUAUCAGCUGGAGUCCGGCGUCGGGUGCGUAUCAGUAUCGUUACCGUUAUUCAGCGAGUAUGAAACGAAACUAGGAGCCGACGAAAGGGACAGAUCCAUCUUAAUUUAUUUCUGCACAGAUGAAGCCGUUCCAGCCCGGAUCACGAUUGAGUUCCAAGAACAAUGGCAUCCCAGGACCCGUCGCCGCCAUCGUCACUGGAAGGCAACAAACCCGGAUUCCCGAAGAAAAUUUUGGCCAAUAAGCUUGAGGAUAAGCACCUGUGUAACUGCUGUCAGAAGAUUUUGAGGAGACCCUUUCAGGCUCAGUGCGGUCACCGUUUUUGUUCAUAUUGUUUUAACAAAACUGUCAGUUCUGGCCCACAGAAAUGCGCUGCUUGUAUAAAGGAAGACAUAUUUGAAGAGCCAACAUCUAUUCUAAAACAAGGCUGUGCGUUCCCUGACAAUGCGGCGCGCAGAGAGGUGGAGGCUCUGGCUGCCAUCUGUCCCAACGAAGGGUGCACCUGGAAAGGCACUGUUAAAGAGUACGAGCUGAACCACGAAGGAAAGUGCGAGUUCAUGAUCAUCCCCUGUCCCUCAUGCAAAGAGCUGGUAAGAUUUAACGACCAGGAGCGUCACAACGAGCGAGAAUGUCCCGAAAGAACCCUCAACUGCAAGUACUGCAAAGAACCAUUUCAUUUUAAGAACAUAAAGGCUCAUGAUGAAAUCUGUCCUAAGUACCCCAUGAUUUGUGAGGGCUGUGCAAAGAAAAAAAUUCCCAGAGAGAAGUAUGUAGACCAUAUUAAGUUCUGUAGUAAAUUUAGGGCUCCAUGCAGAUUCCAUGUGGUUGGCUGUGAUAUGUCGGUGGAGAAGGAGAAGAUCCAUGACCACGAGCGUGCCUGCUCCUACGAGCACCUGAACCUGCUGCUGCACUACAUCAUGGGCCUCAAGGUGAACUUGGAGGCCCUGCAGCCUCAGAGCCUGGAGCUGGCCAGCCACAAGGUGCAUGAGCUGCACCAGUCUGUGCGCGAGCUGGAGGUGAAGCUGGGGCAGCUGAGCAUGCAGACGCCUCCCGCGCAGGGAGCCUCCGGCCCCGCCCCUGGCCCCGCCCCUGUCCCCGUCCCCAUCCCCGUCCCUCUGCCCACCUCCUUCACCCCUGUGCUGCCCAGCGCGGUGGGCGCGGCCCUGGAGCUGCAGCUUCACAGCGAGAAGACCAAGGUGGCAGAGCUGAGCCGCCGCUGCCAGGACUUGGAGCUGAAGGUGGGCACCUUCGAGAACAUUGUGUGCGUGCUGAACCGCGAGGUGGAGCGCUCUGCCACCACGCUGGACGCCAGCAACCGGCAGCACCGACUGGACCAGGACAAGAUCGAGAGCCUCAGCAACAAGGUGCGGCAGCUGGAGAGGACGGUGGGCCUGAAGGACCUGACCAUCGCGGAGAUGGAGGGGAGGAUGCGAGAGAUGUCCGCUGCCACCUUCGACGGGGUCUUCAUCUGGAGGAUCUCCGACUUCACCAAGAAAAGACAGGACGCCAUUGCCGGGCGCGCUCCGGCCAUGUUCUCUCCAGCGUUCUACACCAGUAAAUACGGCUACAAGAUGUGUCUGCGCAUCUACCUGAACGGAGACGGGACGGGGCGUGGCAGUCACCUGUCCCUCUUCUUCGUGGUGAUGCGGGGACAUAGUGAUGCGUUGCUCAAGUGGCCCUUCAAUCAGAAGGUGACGCUGAUGCUGCUGGACCAGAACAACCGCGAGCACGUGAUCGACGCCUUCCGGCCCGACGUGACGUCCUCGUCCUUCCAGCGGCCGGUCAGCGAGAUGAACAUCGCCAGCGGCUGCCCACUCUUCUGCCCGCUCUCCAAGCUCGACUCCAAGAACUCCUACAUCCGCGACGACACCAUCUUCAUCAAAGCCAUCGUCGACCUGACGGGCCUGUAGCUGCAGUGCCUCCGCUUGCUAACCCCCCCCGCCCCCCCUGUGCCACGGGGGAUCCCGCGGUCCCCCCCGCCAGCUCGGGUUGCUUCGCUCGGGAGGUCUGUGAGGUGCCGAAACGCGUGCGCUGAAAGGCCCCUCACUGCGCCCUGCUUGUGCCAUGCGUCAUGCCCCUGUGUGUAAUGACGCUUCUGUGGCUGCUUUUGCUUCAGGUGUCCAGCAGGUGGCAAUAUAGUGCUGUUAAAAAAAACAAAAAAAAAAACAACAAAAAAAGAUGCUGUGCUGGUUGCUGUGUAUUAACCUGAGACUUAUACUGCUGAAACAGAGUAUACUUUGGCAUAUAGCAAUGGAACAGGUACAGGCUGUAUCAAUGUGCUUUGAUUUGCGCAGUUUGGUAAUGUUCAGUAUUCCUGGCCUCUUCUAGUGAAAGCUGGUAGCUUUCCUCUCUCCCUCGUGUGAAGGCUCAGUGGCAAGGCCACUAGAUUCAGACAUGCACAGCUUCUCUCGGGACUUGUAAAGCGCUGUUUUCGCAGUUGGAAAUGUCCUCUUCUCUCUGUCAUUGGGGCAGACUGUGCUUGUAACGUAGCUCGGUGUGCUGUUGCCUUCCGCAGCUGUAUUGGCCUCCAUUGUAAUGGGAACAACCCUUAAUCGACGCUACAUGAGCCAUUGAAUGUUUUUCAGGCCUCAGGCCCCUGUACAUACGCCUGCAUUCUCCGCUUAGUCAUUUGUGCGUGCCAACUUUACUUUGAGUGACUUUGCAUAGACAGACGUGGAGUUGUAAUAUGAUGAUGCUCAUUGAUUUCCCCUUUUUUUGCGAUUAACCCGCUGUUUUUGCGAGGCCUGGGGUUCAUCGGAGGGUGUGCAAACUCGGAAGGCUCGUUGCGUUCCCUUCCGGCUGCGCGCACCUCCCAUCUCAAAUCCUGUGUUUUUAUUUUUUGGUAAUUGUUUGUAGUGGUGGACAUUGCUUGAAUUCCAUGGAUCAAAGUGCAGUAUUUGGAUUCUCCAGAGCUGUGUUUUCGUGCGUGCGGUGUCUGUUCGUUUCUGGGCGUGUAGGUCCCCCCCCCACCCACCCCCUG